UUUGCGGGAAGCAGUAAAUUUAAACGUUCAGUAACUGUUGAAGUUAUUUUUCAUCUUAGUCUACCGAUGAUGUAUAACAUCAGCAAUAAACUGAAACUGUGCCGACUGUUCCGACCAAAGAGGAUGCCGAACCAAACGGACUCCACAGUGUGGACUCAGAACCACAAACUGGUGGACGUGAUCAUCGUCCGGCCCAAUGUGACGCCAAACCGCCAGCUGCCCAAGAAGCUUGUGAGAACGCCUCGACAGACGUCCUACAGAGAUGGCCUACAUAACCGUCCCUCCAAGAAAGUCCUCAAUCAAGACGAAUCACAAGAAUACGGAGAUGAACGACGUCCAGUCGGACGACAGUCUCUGUACGACGAACAUCGCUAUCCAACAUACGAAUCCUGGUUGGAAGGAUCCCCGCAUGCCUCGGAGGAAUUCGACACUGACUUUGAAGAUGAGAAAGAAAAUGCUGCAGUGCAGCCAGCGGUUUCUACUGGCGAAGAGGCCGAAGAACACCUCCCCAGUGGUCGUGAAAACGGCAGCGAACUGUCAUUAGCUCAUAUUGCCGAAGAGGUCUUCGACGAACAACCCCACAGAUUCGAAAAUAUACCUGAACUGUUAGUGUCUCCUGCUGAUGAACUACAAUCACCCAGUUUGGAAGACGUAACAGCGCUUUCAGUGGCUUUGACCGCUACAACAGAUACCUAUGAAGAACAAUCCUCUAAUCGUGAAAACCUUAUAGAGCAAUCAAUGAUUGUGAAAAAGGCUGAAGAGCAGUCCCCCAGACCGGAAACUAUAACAACUGAAUCAUUGGAUCCUACUGGUAAAAGGACAUACGUCAGACAAUGUCGUAUGCUUGGAGUCAUCCCAGCUUCUUGCUUGUUACGGGAUCUAGGUAAACGAAAUAUCUGCCUGCGUCACCACUACCUGGGAAAAGAAGCAGUAAAAGCUUUGGCUCUAGCUCUCAAGGAUAACACAGUAACAGAGGUUCUAAACCUGUCUGAUAACUGCUUCCAAGAUGAAGGUGCGUGCUACUUGGCCAACAUGAUGGAAGAUAAUUGCUUUAUUGAUCAUCUGGAUUUAUCAAAUAAUUGUAUCCACUCAGUUGGUGCCUUAGCAAUUUGCCGGAUGUUGGAAGUGAACACAACUUUAAAAAUACUCAAGUUGUCCGGAAACCAGCUGAAAGAUGUUGAUGCAGCUCUAUUCAUCGAUGGUCUGAAGAACAACCAGUUUAUCACGUUCCUCGAUCUCAGUCAUAACAGAUUUUCUGAAAAAGGAGGCGAGAUGCUAGCCAAGGCCUUGAGUUACAACGAAUCUCUUGUAAACUUUGACCUCAGUUGGAACUCACUACGAGGGAAAGGAGCUAUAGCUAUUGCCAAAGCUCUGAAGGUGAACACCAGACUGCAGAUAUUCAAUCUCUCGUGGAAUGGGUUUGCCACUAAUGGAGCCGCUGCUUUACAGGGUGCUCUGCAGAAGAACAAGACACUGCGAGUUCUAGAUCUCACAAAUAAUCGUCUCACUCAGCCAGCGGCCGUGAAACUCGCAACAGGUAUCAGGAAGAACACUGGUUUAGAGAACCUCACUUUGAACCUCAAUCAUCUUGGCAGUGAUGGUUUGGAUGUUUUACUUAAAGCUGUUGCAAAAAACACGAAUUUGAAAAUUUUGUCUAUAGAGGAUAUGAAUAUCAAUAAUGCGAACCUGAAGCUGAUCCGCCAACUUGAGGACGAGAAGGAAAUCACUAUUCUGUAUGGUGAAGUGGGGGAAUACCACACAAACAAAACGGCUGCUACGUACGUGAAGCUGUUUUCUGAGUUUUCGCGUGACCACCAAUCUGAUCUCCUGGCGGUGUUUGAGCAACAGGACUGGGACCAUACCGGCCAGCUGACCGUCGAUCAGCUCAAGGACUGCCUCAUAGAGGCGGGCUUCAGAAUGACAGACAGGCAACUUGAUCACCUAGUUGAUAAAUUAGACUCUACCAAAACUGGCCGUAUACAUUUCAGGUAAAAUUCUGUUCAUGCAUGCAUGCAC